AUGCCCAAAGGCAGCAUAGAAAAUUCUUCUCACUCACUAAAGGUGAAGUCAUCUAUAGCAGGGUCUCAGUACUUGGGCUCUCCUAUACUAGUGAAUAACAGAUUGCGAACUUCUCAUAAAGAAUUAAUUGACCGAGUCUCUUCAAAGAUCAAUGCGUGGAGUACCAAGCUAUUAUCACAAGCUGGAAGAACGGCUCUCAUCAAAUCAGUCCUACAGUCAAUCCCUACCUACACCAUGUCAACCACCAUCCUUCCAAGCACUAUGACGUCCAAACUGGAUAAAUCAAGUAGAACAUUCUGGUGGUUCAACUCCAAAGAUCCUACACAUCACACUAUGGCCUGGCGAAAACAGUGUUGCCCUAAAACUCAAGGAGGGCUGGGUUUUCGAACAAGUGCCGAAAUGAAUAAAGCCAUGUUUGGAAAGCAAAUUUGGAGGUUGCUCACAGAGAAGCAUGGGUUGUGGAAUAAACUAAUAAAAGAGAAAUACUUUCCUAAUACUUCUCUUUUUGCGGCCAAGAAAGGACAAAGAAGCUCAUGUUGGUGGAAACAUGCUCAUCGGGUCUCUAAUACCAUGAAAUCCAAUCUACUAUGGGUUGUCAAGGACGGUUCCAAUAUUUCCGUUGUAGUUGAUCCUUGGAUCCCAUCCAUACCUGGACACAUUCCCAAUCUUUUCACAUCAGGCAAUACAAGUCCACAUGCAAAUAUCAAAGUAGCAGAAUUGCUAAAUCCAGAUCACAGCUGGAACCACACAAAGCUCCAAGAACUUUUUGACGAGGAUUUCAUUGCCCACAUUCAGAACAUUACACUCCAGCCCAAUUAA